AUGGCACGUUCGAAAAUAUUUUCAGGAGAUUUACCUGAAUUAUUAGAUAAAAUUAUGAGAUAUUGUAAUGAUAUUUCAACUUUAUAUUCAUGUAUUUUAGUUAAUAGAACAUGGUGUCGUAUAGCAAUCCCAUUAUUAUGGGAAGAUCCAUUUUCUUUUCAUGAUCAUCGUAUUAUUGAUUGUCAUUUACGCAAUUCAAGUGAAAAUGAUAAAAUGAAAUUAAAAGAAUAUGGAAUUAAAAAUGAUUUGUCUUCAAAUACAUUAUUUAAUUAUCCGAGUUUUAUUAAAUGUUUAGACACGCAGGAUUUACUUUACUGUAUUAAUAAAUGGGUUGUAUCUACCAGUAGUACCUUAAUAAAUUCUUUAAAUUUAACAAGGUUAAUUUAUAAGUUAUUAUUUGAAAUAUUCAUUGAAAAUGAAGCAAAUUUGCAUACCUUUAAAGUUGAAAUAGGUAGAGAUAGAAAUCUCAUCGAAUUAAUAUUACAAAAUUCAAAUUUUAUUAAUAAUGUUAAAAAUUUAAUAAUUCAAGUUUUUCCUAGAAAUGCUGAUAAUUUAACAAAGACUGAAAAGGAUAUUAUUAUUGAACAUACAUCUCGUAUGAUUAAUUCACAAAAGAAUCUCAAAAAAAUUAAUUUUCGUUCUAUUGAAUCUUUUUUAUAUGAUUCAUUAUUAUCAUUGAAAAAUUCUAAUUGUUCAAAUACUUUAAAAACUAUUAUGUUUUAUAAUGUUAAUUUUGGUAAUAUUUUAAUUCUUAAAGAAGUAAUUGAACAUUUAAACGUUUUAGAAUCUAUUCAUAUGAUUUAUUGUCGAUCUUUAAAUUCUGGUUUUAUUCAACAAAUUAAUAAUAUCAACAAACCAUUUAAAUUAAGGUCUUUAUUUAUAGGAAAUAGUAGAUCAUAUCAAAUUAAUUCAAUUCAAUUAUUAUUACAAAAAUCUGGUAUUUAUUUAGAAAAUUUUGGAUUUAAUUUUGAAUAUAAUGGAUCAAAAAAAAUACUUAAAUUAAUUACAAAAUAUUGUACAAGAAUUAAAUUUUUAGAAUUACCAGGAUUUAUUAAUCGAAAAAUUUAUUCUGUAUUUGAUUUAAUUAAAAGUAUUGGACAAAAUCUUAAUUAUCUUGAUAUUAUUUUUCAUGGAAUGUAUAUUGAUUAUUAUGGUGAAGAGUUAACUAAGAUUAGUUCAACCAUAUUAAAAAGUUUAGGAAAAUUUCUCCCUCUUAGAAUAAAAUAUUUACAUUUAUUUCUUUAUGAUAUUACAGCGAAAGAUUUCGAAAUAUUUUUAAGAAGUUCUCAUAAAACUUUUAUUGAAAAAUUAUUAAUCAAUUAUAUUAAAACGGAAGAUAAAGAUAUUUUACCUAAUUUAUUAGAUAAAUAUAUUAUAAAAAGGAAAAGAGUCAGUUAUUUGGGAUUUAUAGAUGAUUUAUUUUAUUUAGAAGAGGAAUACAAGUCAUAUAAUGUUAUAAUUAAGGAUUACUAUGAUUUAGUACAUACCGGAUUUUAUGACUGUAUAAAUGAGUGGUAUUGAAUAUCAUUAUUUCCGUCUUUGUAAUUUAACUUUUUUAUAUAAAUAAAAUAAAUUUCAAUUUUGAAAAUUCUAUUCAUAUGGGUAAUAGUAGAAUAUACAGUGUAAAUAAAAUCUAUCAGACUGACUUGUCUAACCGUCACCGACCACGUGAUUGACGAGAUCGCGUUGCUUAUAUUUAUCUCAGCGACUUUUUUUUUUGAGUGAUGCCUAUUCGCCCAUUCGCCACCACGUAAGUGUAUUUAUUUGAAUGCGAUUACAGUAUAACAGGACCCGAAAUAUAUAUGUAGAAUUUAAUAGCUGUACGCAUAUUUUUCAGGGCCGAAAUUAUGUUAAUGUCAGUCAGUUAUUAAAAUAGAUAAUAAAUUUUGACUGGAAUUAUCUAAAAGAGGAAGAUCUACGCGAUUUUUGUUGGGAGUCGAUAAUUGAAAAAAAAAAUACAUGAACAUCACAAAAUGAAAGAGAUCGGCGGGCUGAAAUAAAAAUAAAAGAAA